AUGAAGUUUGCCGCUGCUGUUCUUCCUCUUGUUGCGGCCGUGUCUGCUUCUUGUCUUCACGGAACCUCUCUUUUGCCCCGUGCAGCUGAUGGCACUGUCGACGUCAACUCUUACAACUAUACCAACGCCGGUGGACCUCUCAACUGGUAUGGCUUGGACAAGGAAAGGAACUCUGCUUGCUCCCACGGCAAGCGCCAGUCCCCCAUUGACAUUGUCACCGAGGACAUCGACUAUGCCACUGCCAACUCUCUUCGUUUCAACGUUCCCAACGCUGAUCAGGCCAAGUUCGAGAACUUGGGCUCUGGCCUAGAGGUCGUUCUGACCAACGGCACCCUGGUCACUAGCAAGGGAUCCUACCAGCUUGCUCAGUUCCACUUCCACACUCCUAGCGAGCACCGUGUGAACGAGGAGUACUUCCCCAUGGAAGUCCACUUUGUUUUCGAGAACUCCGCUGGCUCCAUUGCUGUGGUCGGUUUUGUUUUCCAGCUCUCCCAGUUCGGCUACUCCACUCCCCUGUUCGACUCCGUGUUCGCCCACAUUGAGGACAUCGCCACUCCCGGUACCUACACCAAGACCGGAGCUCUGAACUUUGCCGCUCUCACCAGCCACCUGAAGACCCACGGAAUUUACGAGUACUCCGGAUCUCUCACCACCCCUCCUUGCUCUGAGGAUGUUGCCUGGUUCAUCAGCACCGAGCCUCUCCCUCUCAACGUUCAGAGUUACAACGCUGUGAAGAAGGUGCUCAAGUUCAACGCUCGCUACACCCAAAACGCCCUUGGUCAGGACAACCUUCUUGAGGUUGCUGCCAACAACUAG